CGAGUAGCAUUGUUUCAAUCGUCAGUCUGGCACUCGACAAACCAUAGUUGACGUUGUCGUUUGUGGUUUGUCAUCGCUCUACGUCCUGCAAUAUCAGAAAAUAGUUAUUGCCAAUAAAUUAUUGUAGUAUGAUGUAGUGUGUUUUGUGUGCAUGAGAAGUGGGUAUAAUACUAUAGUGCGUUUUUGUUAUUUUAUCGUUAAAAAAUAAAAACGUGCGGUUCGCUUGUUUAACGUUGUCGCUUUUAAGAAAAUAAGUAAAUUAUAAAUUAUUCUUCUGAGGAAUAAGGACUAAGUAUGGUGUUAUAUAAAUUGUUAAUUAUAUUUGCUGCCUAUGCCGUAGUCACACAAUGUGAAGAUUGUGUUUUCAAUCUGAAACACAAAGAAAAACAUCUCCAAUUUGUUUUAACCCGUUUUGAAGGACUUCAAAAAAUGAAUUUUACCAAUUCUAAUGAUAUGUACUUAUAUAUUAAGUUAUGUAAAAGCAAUGAAGAUGUAUUGACUUGCAAUGGAAUUAAGUCAAAAAUAUGUUUGAUUAAAAACAAAAAAUAUUUCACAGAAUCAGAUAUUGGAUCCAAAAUUAAAGAAGUGAAAUUAGAUGUUAAAAAUCAACUUAUUUUAUCUUUGGAAGGAAGUACUAUUUGUGAAAAAAAUCAAAAAUACUCUACAGAUCUAACGUUUAUUUGCAAUAAAAAUAUGAUUGGAAAUACAACAGAUUAUAAGCUAAAAGUAAAUCAUUGCAAGUAUUUUAUAGAAUUGACUUCUGCAGUUGGUUGCCCAAUAGAUGAUUUGGAUAUACAAAAUGUUUGCAAUUUUUCAAUACCUCAUAUUAAUUUUAAAUUUAAUUUGAAUCCUUUACGACGUUUAACCAAUAAUUAUUUGGUUGAAAAUCAAAAUCGUCGUUUUGAACUCAAUAUCUGUGGCCGUCUAACUGACAACAACAAAUGUGGUGGUAAUAUCACUACAAUAUGUGAUAUCACUGAUAUCAGAAAUCCUAAAGUGUAUGCUGUAGGAAAACAUGCCAAUGAUGAACUUCUGUUUGAUACAAAUAGUAAAAACUUAAAGUUGAUCCAACAUGAAAAAGCUACUAGAAAAAAAGGUAGAAGAAUUGAAUUAAUUUUUAAGUGUGAUGAAAAUAUAGCACCUGAAAAUAUACAACCAAAAUUUUUAAAUGAAGAAAAUUACCAAAGUAAAAUUUUAUCUAAUAUUGCAUACUUUGAAGUUGCUACAUCUGCUGUUUGUAUACCUAGAAUGGUAUCAUGUGAAGUAAUUACUAAUUAUACUGCUCAUUUCAAUUUAAAACCUUUACACAAACGAGUAGACAAUUGGAAAAUUAUUAAUGAAAACAAUGGCGGAAUUUUUUAUUUAAAUAUUUGUGGUUAUUUAAAUAAAUAUGAUGGACAAAUUCCAACUUCAUGUACAGUUGGUGGUAAAACUUCAGCUUGUUAUGUGGAUGGUUCAGAUAAAGGAAUUUCCAUUGGUUCAACUCAAAUUGGUCCAUACUAUAACGGAAAUUCAAUAAUAUUGAAUUACAUAAAUGGAGAUAAUUGUAGUAAUUCUUUGAAUUGGUCAACAGUUAUAAAUUUAACUUGUUCUGAUGAGUCAAAACUUGUAUAUGAAUCAACAGAUAUUACUUUAUGUAUCCAUGUAUUUAAUUGGAAAACUCCUAAAGCAUGUGGAAUAUUGUUUGAGAGGAAAGAUCAAUGUAUAGUUACACAUCCAUGGGAUUCUCAUACUGUAUACAAUAUUAGCAAUUUGAAAGAUCAGACUUUUGAAAAAGAAAUUGAAGAUAACACAUCAUUUCGGUUUAGUAUUUGUAGUCCAUUGCAAGAACCAUGUAAUGGUAUUUUAGAUUCAGCUGCUUGCUGGUCUGUCGAUGGAACUGAAAUGAACAUUGGACUUUUUACUGAACAAGUAGUGUUUGAUAAUGGUUCCAUCUAUAUAUCCAUGCAUGGAGAAAAAUGUACCAAUAACGAACAGGGACCUAAUAGUCACACUAUUGUUAGAUUUGUAUGCGAUUACUUAGAUUCAAAAUGGAUUGAAUACAAAAAGGAUUUUUCUGAAUGUACAUUUGAAUUCACCAUAUAUACAAAAUACGCUUGUACACGACCAUUAAAAAUUAACUGCACCGUUGAUGAUCAAUUGGGAAAUAUUUAUGAUCUUAGUAAAUUAACUAAAUUUAAUAGUAACUACGAAAUUAUCACUAGUCAAAAUAAAACAAUUAUUUUAAAUGUUUGUCAUUCUGUUAUUAAUAAUGACAUUAAAGGCCUAAAUUGUCAAUUCAAUAGUGGAGUCUGUUUAGUUGAUCAUAAUUUAUUACAUUAUAACCGAUAUAAAAAUCUUGGUGAUGUGAAGAAAAGCCCUUAUAAAAUAGGAAAUAAAAUAAUAUUAGAAAUGAUCGAUGGUUUUUAUAAUAACCACAAAGUUUCUUCAGUAAUUGAAUUUAUAUGUUCAAAUCAAAAUAAUGGUCCAUUAUUAACUAAUGAAGAAAAUUAUAAGUAUAUAUUUCAAUGGUUUACACCAUUGGUAUGCCCCAAACAUCAACAUAUUAAAAAAAGAGAAAUAUUAAAAAAUUAUAAUACAUUAAAACCAACUAGUGUAAUAAUCAAUGGAAUAAACUAUACUAUUUAUAUUUGUCCCAAAAAUGAUAAAACAAAUUGUAAUUCAGAAAUGAGUUUGAAUUAUGAAUUUCCACAUAGACGAACUAUAAUUUUGUUUGUUGAUAAACAAAAAGAAUUAUAUACUUUGCAAAAUGACUUAUAUUUUGAUUACAAAAGUAAUACAUUUGAUAAAAAUAGAACAGUACAAAUAAGGUUUGUGUUUUACUGUGGAUAUGAGUUACAAUUACCAGAAGUUCAAACAAAUCAUUAUGUAACUACUGUUCUCAGUAUUAAUCCAGAAAUGUGUGAUGAAAAGCUGAAAUGCAAUGUAAACUCAUAUGAUUUAACACCAAUUAAAGGAACUCAUAUCAUUAAUAAUAAUGGAAGAAAGUAUUUUAUUAAUAUAUGCAUACCUGGAGCAAAAGGUGUUGGAGGAAUAAUGGAAUUUAAUGAUACAAGUUAUAAUAUUGGUUAUCAAGUAACACCUAUACAAAAUGAUGUAAAAGAUAUUAUUGAAAUAUAUUUUAAAAAUGGCGAUAGUUGUUUAGGUUUAACAUCAAGAUUUAGAACAAAGUAUUCUACAAAAAUUACAUUACUAUGUGAUGUUACUGAAGCUGAAGGAAAACCAAUAUUAAAGGUAUCUGGAAGCAAUGAUUGCACAUUACAAUUUGAAUGGAAAACUAGUCUUGCAUGCAGUAGAAAAUUGGUUGAGUUUAAUAGGAGUUUGUGUGCAGCAACUAUUAAAAGUAGUCAACAUAUCAUAAACAAUACAAUCAUAAAUUUGAAUAAUAUUUUAACUGUUAAUAAUUCAACUGAUAAUUUAACAAAAACAAAUUACCAAAUAAACUUUUGUAAUGGAUCUGUCAGUAUAAAUGGAACAUUUUUUGGAAAUAUGAAUCUUGAAUAUGAUAUAUUUAAGAAAAAAUUAGUAGCUAAUUUUCAAAAUACAAAUGAUAAACAUUUCAAAACUGUGGAUAUUAUUGUUGCAUGUUCCAAAUCAACAGAAGACUUAUCAACAUUUAAUAUCACAGAAAAAGAUAAUGUAGUAAUAAUUCAUACAUAUUCAAAAGGUAUAUGUUGUAUGGAUUUCAAUGAUCAUACAAAUGAAGAAAUAUGUAAGAUAUAUCAAUUAAUUCCAAUAUCAACUACAAAUACUGUUGAAAAUCAGCUAUCUGUGUAUUCAGAAAAUAACAAAUCAAUUGAAUCUUAUUUAGAAAUUACUAAAAUAGAAGAAUUAAUCUUAUCAACUACAGAACAAAUUGAUGAAUCUGUGACACUUAUUGCAACAGAACUGAAACAUAUUGAACACACCUCACAUCAAAUUUAUGGUAAAAAUGUAAUUUCUGAUAAUUUUAUUGAUACACCAAGUAUGAAAAAAGAAGUUGUGUCUGGUUCUUUAUUUUAUACAGCAAUAGUAUUAAUGAUUUUAUUAAUCAUACUAUUAAUAUGGAUUUAUCGUUGGAAGUUAUUAAAGAAAAUCCAAAAAAUAUAUUACAAUCUGCCUUUUGUAAGUCAGUGAACUAUUGAAAAUUGAACAUGGCUAGACCAAGACGAAGGAGUGAUAAUUAUCAUUUAAUGUAAACAUAAGUUUUAAUUUCCAUUGUCAUUGUAUUGUUUAUAAAAAGUAUGU